AUGGACGCAGAAGUGGCUGAGAAACUCGGUCCAUUUGUCGACUGCACUUCCAACCAGGCAAUUGCCUAUUUCGAGCUGAUCAAGGCAAACCCCGAUACCAGUGCGCUGCUUCACAAGGACCUCAUCAACGCAGCUAUAGCCGAUGCCAGGGGUCGCUUGAACAGUCUCCAAGGCUCGGCUGCCUUUGAGGAAUUUGUAGUCGAGAUCUCAACAAACCCCAAACUAGCCUACUCCACUGCUUCCACCGUUGAAAACGCAAAACGCAUUGUCGGUAUUUUCAAAAGCCUCAGCCAUGCAGAUCCGAAAAGGGUAUGCGUCAAAAUCCCCUCCACGUGGGAAGGCCUCCAGGCGUGCCGCAUCCUCGAGGCAGAAGGGAUCGCGACGCUAGCCACGACCAUGUUUUGCAUGGAGCAGGCUGCUCUCGCCGCCGCCGCGGGAUGCACCUACAUCGCGCCAUACGUCAAUGAGCUCAGGGUCCAUUUUGAGCAAGGAUAUGUCGACGGCAGCAAGGGCUUCGAGUUUUGCCGACAAGCGCAGGCGUAUUACGCCAGGCACGCGUGCCGUACGCAGGUUCUGGCCGCGUCUUUGACGUCGGUCGACGAGGUAAUGCAGUUAGCUGGGGUUCAACACAUCACCAUUGCGCCCAAGCUGCUGAGCGAGCUUUCUGCGAGGCGUGCCUCUUCGUGGGGUGCGCCGCUUGGUGCGUACUUUGCUCAGCGUCCGUUGGAUAAUUGGUGCGAGACGACAGACUACCAGACUAUUCUUGGGGACGAAAGCUCGUGGAGAUUGGCAUUCACCAGGAGUGGGUUUGGCGCAAGCGAGGGAAAGAUGAUACAGGCCAUCAACUACUUUUUUGACUUUCAGGACAAGAUUGAGGACCUGGUCUCGGCCUCUGCUAAACUAGCUACUUAG